ACAACUCACUCACCGAUCGUGUGCUGGAUUCGUUGAUCUGUCUUCCCCGACUCAGGGUGCUUCAUCUGGGUUACAAUCUACUGACGACGAUGCCGGAAACCUGCAUCAGCUGCUGGGGUGAUCUCGAGGAGCUUGUCAUAUCGGGGAAUAAGCUGCGUCACUUGCCGGAAAAUCUUGCCAACAUGGCCAGCUUGCGUGUAUUGCGUGUUCACUCGAACCAGCUGCAGACGGUACCGAGUCUCGGUCGUACCAUUACGCUCCGGGUGCUCGAUUUGGCUCACAAUCAGUUGGAUAAAGUGAACAUUGCUUCGCUGGUACCGAGGAAUCUGCAGUUCUUAGAUCUUUCAGGCAAUAAGCAGCUACAGGUUGAUGCGCAACAGUUGAAAGCUUGCCGAAACCAGCGUCCGAUGGCACUGGUGGACGUGUCGGGAAAGAAUCGUCCAUCGCUCCCGACGACACCGUUGCCGUACCAGGAACAGGAGGAUUAUGAACCGUGCUGGAAGGUGGGCUUCGCGGAGACGAGCGGUUGUCUGCCAAAGCUUUGCAUUGCGCAGCUCCGAUUGCCUGGGUUCUGUAAUUCGGAGGGGCUGUUUGGGUUGUUCGAUGGUGAGACGAGUAACGCUAUCCCGAAUCUGCUCGUUAAAACAAUCCCAAAGAUACUGCUCGAAGAACGGACGGUUAAGGAGACGGCAAAUGAUUACAUGAAGUAUACGCUGCUGUCGGCCCAUCGGGAGCUGAAGCAGCGUGGACAGCAGGAAGCGGUCAAUGUGACACUCUGCCACAUUGCACGUAGCCGUGUGCCGUCGGAGGCCAUGAGCUAUCUACCGCAGGCAGUGGCCGCGGGGCGUAAGUUUAUCCUGCGUGUCGCAACCGUUGGUGAGUGUUCGGCGGUGCUGAUCAAACACAAUCGUUGUGUAAUGCUGAAUAAAGGCAGUCCACAGCGUAAGCUAGGGCUGAGUGCCAACUUCCCGGUGACCGUACCGGAUCCGGAGGUACAAGAGGUGGUGCUAAGCGAUGCAGACGAGUAUCUGGUGCUGGGAAAUCGAAAACUCUGGGAAGUGAUCACUAUGGACACGGUGGCGGAGGAGAUCCGGAAGGAGGAUAAUAUACUGUUGGCCGCGAAACGUGUGCAGGACAUUGCGCAAAGUUACGGUGCCGAGGAGAACCUGAGUGUGAUGAUCGUUCGCUUCAACAACCUCGGGACGGAUGUGGAUUUUUUGAUGCGUGAAUUGAGGCAAACGAUACGGAAGAAUCCACGCACCGCACCGGGUGGACCGGGAGGAAGCCUGAUAACGGGGUUUUGUAAGUGUGGCUGCUGCUGUGAGACGAACAACAGCUGUUGUCACUCGGCUGCAGCGGUUCAGUUCGUGAGGCAUCCGUCCGGCCGUAGUGACCGAUCGUCACCGAGUGGCCAGAGCGAUCAGACGAGUGGUAGUGAGACGGCGGCAUUGCGUGCCAAGUCGGAUAGUUCCGUUGGUUCCGUGGGAUCGCUCGUAAGCAGAAGACCCAACAAUGCACAUCUGGCGAAUGAAAGGCGCAGCCUGCGCGGUGGUGUCGUACGAGCCGUUCGGGCCAAGAUCGAGGAGGAGAAGGAAAAGGAAAUCGAAGAAUCGGACUCGGCCAUGUCGGAGGAACAGUUCAAGUGUUGGGAGUACAUGCUAGAGCAGAACACGCAGCUGCUGUUCGAUAAGGAACUGAACACUAUAUCACGAGGAUUCACGACGACGAAACGGCAAGCACCGUUACCACCACCGGGAAACGGUGCCUCGGAUUCCGGAACUAGCAACUCAUCCACCUCGACCGGCAACUCCGUCGCGAGUAAUCUCACGAAGCUGCAGCUAAAGAAUCUUUCCACCAGCUCGCCCCAGCUCGCUCAGCUUGAAAGUGACAGUGGGUUGAACUCAUCGAUGGCCAGCGGGUACAGCACGAUGAUGACGACGGCCCGGGCGACACCGUUCCUUUCGAAGCAGUUCGGAUCGACCCGUUCCUUCCAUCCGGCGUCCUCGCAGAGCUACUUCAAACCGAUCCAGUACAACACGUCCGCCAACCCGGCGCGAAGGCCCAUCAACACCGGCCCAAAUGCCGCUUACUUCGGUUCGCUGCAACGAUUGAUGCCCUACAACCUGGAGUACGAUCUAGCAACGGCGGCGACGGCAGCGGGACUACAGCCGGAACGGUAUCCGGGUGGCUCGAAUGGAAACAUCGUUGAGGUCGAGAGCAGUACACUCGAACUGGACACUAUCGAUCCGGAUGGUGGACGGAUGCGGCAGUACUGGGGUGUCGCCACGACGGAACUUUAGAGCCGCGGUUUUCGGAUGCGGUUGCCCCAAAAGUAACCGACUCAAGGUUUACCG